UUUCCAUGUUUUUUUUUGCUCUGAAUUUUCGUCGGCGCAGUUGAUCAGAUUGGGACAGUUGUUGUUUAGAUGCGGUUGUCAUAAUUUUCUCACCGUAUUAUUUGUGAAUUUCGAUUUUCCUGCAAAUAAAUUGCAAUCAGAAAUGAAUUCUGCAACGAAGGUUGGUGAGAUUUUCACCGCAGCAGGCUCCGCUUUCAACAAACUUGGAGAAUUGACAAUGCAACUGCCGACCGGGGAUACAAUUGCAUCAAGCAAAUGGACAGAUGAAGAAAUUGAAAUGCUCAGAUCGGCAAUAACGCACUUUAGUGAGGAUUUAAAUAAGAUUAGUCUUCGCAUUAAAAAUCGUACAGUGUCCCAAAUUCGACAGACGCUAAAGAAGAAAGCAUUCGAAGAAGCAGGGAUCCCUGUGAUACCCGUCCAACAGCCACAAGUGCAGCAGCAAAUUACCACCCAACAAGUGAUUGUGAAAUCUGAGGAACAGCCAGGUCUAAUGGGAAAAUCUGCUGAAGUGAUGAUGACCCUAAAUAGGCUCAAUACACAAGAAUCCGAAGUGGAUGUUGAGGAGUUGUCAGGACAUGUGAAAUUGGAGUUUGAAUCUGGGCACGAGGAAGUAGCAGGAUGAAAUAAAUUUGAAGACUACCUGUA